AUGUCCGCACCGCAGCAGAAUCGCGUUAUUAAUCAUAUCGGAAUUUCCGUCCCCGACAGCGAAGCAGCGGCAGUCUGGUACAAGAAGCUGCUCGGUUUCCAAUCGAUUGGUCCGAUCCGCCAUAUCAAGCGCAGCACGCAACCAACCCACUGUUCCUUUAGCGUUUUCCCGGCCUCCCUCAAGGAAUUCAAAAUGGCCUUUUUGACUACCGGCAACGGAGUGGGAUUUGAGAUCUUUGAAUUCAUCGAGCCCCAGACAUACGUGCCACAACCAGAGUUUGAGUACCAUCGCGGGGGGGUGUUCCAUCUGUGUGUGACGGAUGCAGACCCGAAUGCCCUAGCUGACAAGAUAGUGGAGGCCGGUGGCAAGCGGAUCGGAGUAUCAGCUCACCCUUAUACGGGGCACACCAUGGUGUACGUGUCUGAUCCAUGGGGCAAUGCUAUUGAGAUUCUGGAUGCUAGCUACGAGCGUAUUAUCGGUUUGAUGCAAAACCAGGCUUAG